AUGACGAGAUCGUGGGGAAAAAAGGGCAGAGCGGAGUCUUUCUCAGCGGCGGAGCAAACACUCCUCAUGAAGUUGUACAAAGAGUACAAGGGAAAAUUUCAUAAGAAGGGCAACACUGUUGCCAUUGUGAAAGCCGGAGAUGGCGUGGUAAAGUAUCGCGGACCGUUUAGAUUCGUAAGUUAUAGCCGACAAAUAUUUUACAACCGACGCAUGUCUCGAUGCAGUCAGCAUGCUUGGCUGUCUGAUUUUAUUCCUCACUUCUGCGUAUGUACUGUAAACACUUUUUUUUUUUUACUUUUCAUCUCAUGUAAGUGCAGCUCACUCAUACAGUCUGUCAGCCUCUGUGCAGCACCUUCGCAGCAAGCAGGGGCGCUUACAGCAGCAGGGGGCGCCAAUUUGACAAGAGUUAAUACAAAACCGCUUUGCGGUGCAGAUUUAUUAUUAUUAUCUUUUUUCUUUCUUUUUUGGAAGUGCUCGUGCCGCCCCCCAUGAGUCAUGACACAAAUGCCGCCCCGGGCCAAGAACCGCUACUGUACUGUAGGCAUAAUUCAUGUUCUUGAUUUGACAAAUAGAUAGCCAUGAUGUCUUUCUUUUUUUUUUAAUGGGGAUGAUGGUGGCACAGCGCCCUUCAUUUAAAUAAGGGAGAAGACACAAAUGAGCUUGUACACAGAGUAGUCAUGUCGUCAUUUGCCAUCACCUUUACAUUAUCAUCAUCAUAAUCAGAAUGGACCAAUGGUGAGAGGAAGGUUUUUUUUAAUGGGAAAUUGCUGCUGUUGUCGCCUUCAGUGUUUUGGAUGAGAUCGUUUGUGCCUUUAUUCUGUUAUGUGUUGACAGUACAUUGAGAGUCACAGAAUAAAAGAAAGAAAAUCUGAUAUUUCCAAAUAAUUACCGCUGACGGGAUCGAACCCACAGAGCAGUGCAAAACACAUUUUACCGUCACUUCUCUUCAGCUACUGAAUUUCUCUUGCUCUUUGAGGUUGGCGUAGUAUUGGGCAUGUCCGGAUUCACGUAUUCACGUAUAAAUUGUUUUAAAAAGCUCUCAAUUUAUUUUUCCGAACAAGAGCAUCAUUUAUUACAGAUAAAGAUGAAAUUACUGUGUGACAUGCGGUUCACAAAGCGUCUUCUGGAAGCCCGUCAGAGCUUCUCUGAGACGCAGCUAAGGUUAGCUUGACCGUAAGCCUGCCUGGGACCAGGCUUGUCGCGCUGGCUGAGUUACCAUGGUUACCAAGCCACGCUAGACCUAAGCCUCGUUUGUAGAACCAAACUCUCACUAAAAUUAGCCAAGCUAACCGAAAUAAGCCAGGCUUUGAGCAAAGCCAGCUUCGUGGAAUACCCCCCAGGUCAAGUCGUGAUUUUAGGCACUGGAACAGGUUUAAGGAGGAGAGAAGGUGGUUUUAUUCAUGUAACAGUGAUGAGCUGUAAAAGCUUGAGAGGUUUUAUAGUAGAAUAUAGAUAAAUCACAAUGAAUGACUGAUAAUGUUGUGAGAGCCAAACAUGUCUGAAGUGGAGUUCAUCUUAAUGUUAGUCGUCAUGACGGGUUUUAGGGGUUGGACUUGGACCUGUUCCCCCAGUCUGCUACACUAUCUUCACUGCAGUAUGCAAAGGCAUUAUCUGAGUCUGCAACUGUCUCUUCAGGAGGUAAGUUCCUUUUCUCUGAAAACUUUUAAACUUUUUAAACUCUUUAAAUCUGGUUUCAUAGAUUUCAGGAGAGACUGUGAACAUGUAGCAGAGAUCAGUCAUUUCAUCUAAACUCUGUAAACGCACUUUGUAAAGUUUGGGGUCAUCACUGAGAGUCUUUGUAGGGGCCCGUUGAGUCUGGUCAGUUUGUAAAAAAACAGAUUGGACUUUAUUUUCACUUUUACUCUCCCCCUCCUCCUCCCUCUCUCUUCCUCGAUAAACAGGACGCUGUACGAACGUUUGAAUUCUACGUAUUUGUUACUCACACACACCUACAUCGGUGGGCAACUAUUUGGCAGACUGUCUGGGGUCCAUCCAUCCUGCAUUUUUGGUGAGAUGUAAGUCUUUUGGUAUUUCCCUGCCUGAACAUUUUAAUGAAGAAGAAGAGCAGACUGAGAGUAAAGCGCCCUCUGGUUGUGGUUGUGUUAUAGUUUUUCACAAUUGCUAAAACUCAUUUCUUGACACCUCCACCCAUUUUCUCAAAUCCUUGAACACAAAUCCAAAAAUCCAAAUAACAUUCACCAAACCCUGGACUCUUCCUGUCAUCUUGUUUAGGCUGUGACGCCUGUUCCUCAGAUGUGUUUAGCUCUUGUUUUAGUGAGUGAGAAUGUGUUUGCUGGUUGUGUCUAACCUGGAGAAAGGUGCCAUAAGAGUGACAGAUUCAGACUGCUGACCUUUUAGUUCAGAUGAUAAGAGUUAGUGUUUUAGCAACUAAGAGUAAUCAGUCAGAGUUCAGACAGAAACAGAGCGUUUUAGUUUAUAAAGCUGAACAUAGAGGCUGGUCGACAGCAAAGUGUAUCCUUCAUUUUUUUCACUUUAAGAAUCAUAAAUCAUAUAUCAAUAAAAAUGUACGUUUUAUGAAUAAUCCACAGAGUAAUCUCAGGGAGGUUAAACAGAAACUGUCACAUCAACAACAAUGAAAUUGGACACGUCUUAGUGUCCACAAGGUUCACAAAUGUGAGAAGCGUUGAGGUUGGGGGUUCGAUCCUGUUGCAGGUGACUCCAGCAUAAGUCAUUCCGAACCCCCACCCCCGUGCCAACCUACCGUACCUAAGGGUUCUACAAAAGUUUCUCUCUGCUCUUCCGUCUUGAAAAGUCGGCCACUAACACAUCAAAGUUGAGCUGUCGAACAAACUCUGAUUCUAUUGCAAGAAGGGAGAGUGAAUUCAACUGAUUUUGGCACAUUUUCAUCCUGAGCUCAUUUUUUAUUCGAGCCAGUCUGGAGAAUGACCAUUCCCCUUCACAGUUUGUUAUUGGCAGGGUCAAAAACAGUCUGAGUGCUAUGUAAACAUUUGGGAAAGUGGACUGUAAAUCCAAAUUUACCAUGGUCUUUAGCAUUGUAUUUGGGCAUUUUUGUUCUUCUGAAAUGAAUGAUUUGUACUGAACAAGUUCAUCUGCCAAGCUCAUGGUCAGAUCAGUGGGAUAUGCUGCAGCAAGAGAUUCUGCCCUUAAAGUGAGCUCACCGUUGGACCUAUUGUCAGGCAUGAAAAGAACAUGAAAAAGAUUGGUCAAGUGUGUGUAUGCAGUUAACCAAUGGUUAAGGCAGGACACAAGUCUACAGAAACCUACAGAGCUACAGAAACCAUUCAGGGCUUCAAAAAUUCAGCUCAUUGAGGACAUUAUGGGGUGUAUUCAGGAUUUUUAUUCAAUUAAAUUUUCCCCAUUUUAAAUUCACUCAGUAAUAAUGCAUUCCUCAAUUCUUUGAGCAAAGUAAAACCUUUUCAAACUGAUUCAAACCUUACUGAUACUUAAAACCUUUCUAAUACUUGAGGAUUUUUAAUUAUUAAAAAUUUCCCUGUUUAAAAUAGUUUUAGUAUUCAUGCAUUAUUCACCCCUUGAACAAAAUCCCACUUCUACUACUACAACUACUGCUAAUAUCAAUUAAACUAAUACUUUGACUUCUACUUCAACUACUAUUGCUACUAUUUCUACUUUCUCUACUGCUACUACUACUUCUACCUCUAGCUCUGCUACUUUGACUUCUCCUAUUCUCAAACUAUUUCUACUGCUUACAUGACUACUAAUAUCACUACUUGACUACUUAUCAUACUACCACUAGAACAACAAAUUAAACUUAUGCCACUUCUCACCUUCCUGCCUUUUAAGGUAAUUUACUUCUUCAUUCAAACUUUGUGCAAUUUCAGUCAUUUUUCUGGCCUCUUUCAGCAUGAAUAAUAUUUCAAUUUAUGGAGUAUAUUCAUACUGUUUGUCCUUCAACCAUUUUCACAAUUAUUCAACUUCUAUUUCUUUUUUACCCCUUCAACAGCUUUAACAUUUAUACCUUUCUCCAUGUUUUAUUAGCAGUUUAGCAUUGCUUUUUCAGCUUUCAGCACUCAGUAUUUCCACACAUUUUCUGCAAGGAAAUGCAAUUUUUCUAGUUCCACUUAGACUUUUGUUCACUGAAAAUACAGUAGCCCUUACAAUGGCUCUAAGUCUAGUUAAGGUACACUAUUAUUACAAUACAAUACAAUACAAUACAAUGUAAAUGUAAAUGUCAAUGAGCUUUUUAAUAGGGUGUUGGAUGCUAAAUCUGAUAGUCUAGGAAAGGUUUUAAUGUAAGAAUGUUGUUAGGAGUUUCGAUAAGUGGAUUUAACAGUAUUGGAUUUUCACUUAAACUACCAAAAUUUCUACCAUGUGAGGAGUUUCGAUAAACGCAAUGCCAAGUGUAAUGUGGGAGUGUUGUAUAGAUAUUGGAUUUUCACUUGGACUUCACUUUGUUGGCAUUGGUGUGUACAGUACACCCCUUUACAGUGGGGACAUAAGGAAGCGAAAUCUGCGAAGUGAAGCAGGGUGAAACUCAGUGUUCUGAAGGUGAAUAUCUACCAGUCUACUACUCUCCUCAAAGAUAACUAUAGGUUAUAAUGACACGUGAAUCUGCUGUGUAUUGUGACUGGACCACUGUACAGCCUGCCCCUGAGUCUAGCUCGGCUAUUGGACACUCGCUUCACAAUAUGGUCGCGACGCGCAAUAGAUUUGCAUGCACCUGAACACAAGGUAUGCAGAUAUGUGCGCAUGUUGCAAUAUUGACACAACCACGAGGGGCGAUCUUCCGAACUUCCAUGUUGAGCUCGUGGUAGAGUCAAACAAUGGUGGAAAAUAUUAAUGAGAGCCCAGUUGGCUAUCUACCCCCUACAUGAUACCGCCAGUAUCCAAUGUUGCCAAUCGCUAGAUUUAGCGACUUUUGGCCGUCUCUGGUGACUAAAACCUCAUCUAGCGACUUAGCGGCUUUUUAGGUGAAUCUGGCGACUAUAAAAAAACACAUCUCUCGAGUGUCAAAAUAAUUGUUUUUCAAUGUAACUUCAGCUCUGCACCGCCACCAGAAGCUUAUUUUAUGGUUAAGCAGCACUGCGCAUUAGCCCUGAUCUCGAAACUGUUACCUUUGGGAUUGUCAACAUAGCCAUGUAGACACAUUUUCUUGAGAUCAGUGAGUCGUGUCUGAUGUUAUGAAAUCAUAGUGACAUAAUCUAGCGACUUUUCAGAGAGCCAAUAGCGACUUUUGGUGAUUUGUUUUUGGCAACACUACCAGUAUCGUGCAUAGUGCUCUGAUUGUUCUGCUGCAAGUAUGUGCGGUUGCGCACGUAAAUUAAGUCACACAGCUAGCAUAUCCUGGGCCUUAGGGCUCACUGAAAGGACUUUCUUUUAAAACCCUUGGUAAAUCAGAGGCCCUUUAAGAACAUUUGUAAUCAGAGGGCUCUCUUAACAGUAUGCUCUCCCAUUAGGGCUCUCCCUAGGGCCCCCACAUAGCCAGAAGUCACGACCCUUAGCAGGGGCUUUCAUAAUCAUAGGGCCCUCUGAAAGCACUCCCCCCUACUUCCUUGAACUCCUAGUUGGUAAAUGUUAGGGCUCCCUUAGGAGUAUUCACGAGAGGCACUACAGCAGGGCCAGCCCAGGGGCCCUCUGACUGCUGUCCCCCAUAGACAAAGGGCCCUCUGAUUGCCAUCCCCCAUGGCCCAGGGGCCCUCUGACUGCCAUCCCCCAAAGCCCAGGGGCUCUCUGAUUGCCGUCCCUGUCCCCCCCGCUCAAUUCAUAUCACCCUUCUCUCUUGGUUCUCUUCAGAUAUGCCCUAUAACAGUGUAAGUAGUCAUAAGAUCCUAGAGAAUAGAGGCCCUCUGACAUCGCAAUUGGCAUCAGCAUCUGCAUUGCUUUGGAAAUGAGGAUCCAUGAUCCUGCUCCUGAGUGAGAAACAUGACACCUGUUUAUAACCCCAGGUAGUAAUUCAGUUACUGGCUGUGAUCACUUUUGUUAUGGCUUCAGUAUUAACCAUUAAAGGGCUAUUUCAGUGUUUUUGAAUUGAGGUUCUAUGAGUUACACAAUGAGAACAUUUGAUUUUGUACUAUUUAAAGAUGUUUGUUUUGGUCUGCAGAUAGUGAAAAAAAACUUAGGCUGUGUCCGAAAUGGCAUACUGCCUACUAUCUACUUACCUACUCAAGCAGUACCUACUGCCUACUGACUAAUCAAAGAUGAUUUGAGUAUGCUGCGGCUGCCCGAGCGUUUACAUACAGAUGCAUACUAAAUACCCCAGAAUGCAUUUCAUGCCGGCCGGACGCAGCGCCGGGAAAAUUUAAAUAGUCCUACCACAAGCUACACAGAACGACUGCAUUCCGGACAAAUUAUAUAAAUUCAUUCAAUAAUAAUAUUUUUUCUAGCGAGAAAGUAAGUGUUUACAUCACGAUUAUGAGCCCAGUUGUUUGAAAUAGUGACUGUAUGUAAAUUUGUUAAUUUGAUAAUGCUAUACACCACCUGCUAGGCGUGUGAUGAGCAGCAGAGGGCUGCAAAAUGACCAACACACAACAUAAUUAUUAUGACCUUGUUCGGUUAUUCCUUGGCAAAUACAUCAUUUCCCGACUACAUUCUUUUCAUGUACAAUGAUAAUUUCAGAAACCAUCAGAUUUUCAACCACAAGUAAGAAUUAGUAAAGCUCACAUACAUUAUCAACUGGAAACUCCCCCGUUUGUAUAUUCUGAACCAUGUGCUCUCUACCAAUAAAAUUUUUAUUAAUCAGAGGUCUGUGCUUAAUAUGAGUGACCACUUUGAUGAUGCAUUCAGAGAUGAGAAGAUGCUCAAACUUGAUGUAAUAAAUACAUCUUUAAUAGACACUUAAAUAAAUAAAGUCAAUUCAUACGAAUAGUUAAAAACAUUACCUAUAAUCCUAAUUUAAAAUACAAAUAAAUCUGGUAAAAAGAUCAAAAUAUGAUAAAAUGAUAAAAAUUGUGUAAUGUAUACUGACUAAAUAUUGUUUAUCUAUUUAUAUAUAUAUAAUUAUUAUUGCAGUCACAUGCCAUCUAUUUCUUUUCAGCCUCGGGAAAGAGGGCCAUAUUACCAGCUGAGGUGCGCAAUGCAUUGUGGGGCAGAAGCAGUACGUGAAGCAAGCUCCGUUCCACACUCAGAAAUCUAAGCCGAUUGAGUAUACAUCCAGGCAUUUCUCGCAUACACAAAAUUCGCAUACCGUACAGUGUGAACGCACUGCCUACUCAAUUCAGAGGCGGGAUUAGUAGGAGUAGUAGGAGUAAUAUGCCAUUUCGGACACAGCCUUAGACUCUCUCUGAUGUGGAAGUGCCAAAAAAAAUGUCCCAGUAAAGUUUAUAAAUCAGAAAAUCUCAUGGCAGAGUCCCCCCUUCUGCAGAAAACUGUAGCCCAGCUUAUGUGCAGGAUCUCUCUGCAGUUUCUCAGGAAAAGGUUCAAGCUGACCAACUUCCAUUUAAACUUUAACACUGUUAUACUACCACUAUUACAGUCUCACUCCAAAAACACUGAAAUAGCCCCUCAAGUUAUUUUGUACAUUUCAUUGUAAACUCUAUCUUCUGUGUUAUAUUAUUUCAGCUUUGUAAAGUUGUUGAUUAAUUUUUUGUUUAUGAAAUUAUGUAUGAUGAAAAAACAUCAUCUUAGCAUGUACAGGACAACAUCUUUGUUGGGGUUGGCAGCUAUCAACUAUAUAAACAAAGUACGGUUUAUUUAUAUCUGUUUUUAAAGUUGUUUGUGGUGCCUUUCAAAAUACAAAACAACUGAAAGAUGUUGAAUAAACAUCAGUGUAUGAAAAGUGACAUGUGCUGUGUUUGCUGUUUGUGACAAAAGGCUUAUUGACAACUUAAAAGAAUGAUACCCCCCUUUAAAGGCUUAUUUAUUUGUAGACAUUUUUAUUCAAAGAUGGAAAAACCCCAAAAGACAAAAUAUACCAAGAAAUCCAUACGUACAAUAACAAUUAUACAAUUACAGUACAUUAAAAGCAGUAAUGUUAAAGAAACACUGUUUAUGGAAAAUCAAAUUGUGUUGCAAAACAUUAACAAAAGAUGGAUGAUUAUAACAAUGAAAAUGACAACGAUAAUACUACCACGACCACUUAUUACUUCCACUACAACAACUACUAAUAAUGAUGAUACUACUACUACUACUACUACUACAAAUAAUGAUCAUAACAAUAAUAAUACUAAUAAUAAUAAUAACAAAAAUACUACUACUACUACUACUAAUAAUAAUAAUAAUAUUAAUAAUUAUACUAAUACUAAUACUACAACUAGUAAUAAUAACAACAACAACAAUAAUAAUGAUGAUGAUAAUACUACAACUAAUAAUAAUCAUAAUAAUAACAACAACAAUAAUACUAAUAAUACUAAUACUACUACUUCUACUAAUACUAAUAAUAAUACUAAUAAUACUAAAACUACUAUUACUACUACAACUACUACUACUACUACUAAUAAUAAUAAUAUGAACAAUAAUAAUAAUAAUAAUAAUAAUAAUAAUGAUGAUGAUGAUACUACAACAACUAAUUAUAAUAACAACAACAACAAUAAUACCUAUAAUACUUCUACUACUACUAUUAAUAAUAAUAAUAAUAAUAAUAAUAAUAAUAAUAAUAACAACAACAACAACAACAACAACAACAAUGAUAAUAAUAUUAAUGAUGAUGAUAAUACUACAACUAAUAAUAUUUAUAAUAAUUACAACAACAAUAAUACUAAUAAUACUAAUACUACUACUUCUACUACUACUAUCAAUAUGACUACUACUACUACUACUACUAAUAUUAAUAAUAAUAAUAAUAAUAAUAUUACUUCCAGAUUCCAAAAGACUAGAAUAAUGAAAUCUAAAAUGCACACAUUAUAAAAACCUAAAUAAAUAGACGUCAAUGUUGAGGUCAAACAGCCCCACCUGCCGUCUAAACGCUCUUCCUGCAGCUGCCGCUUUCAGGCCUGUUCUCCUCCUGGCCGGCAGGGGGCGGUAACAUUCUCAGGAAGCAGAAGAAGAGCGGCGCUGUCCCCGGUUCUCCCUCUUCCUUCCGCGGCCUCAGAGGUAGGAGAGCAGUCCCACAUAUGAAGAUUAGAAUCCGUCUUUAAUCUCAAUGAAAUCUUUAUUAUCCUGCGUUUUAAACUGCUGCGUUUGAUAAAUGUUUAUCUAACUAAACAGAGUGGGUUAGAUUUUUGAGUUUGGGUCUGUAAAUCCAAUUAAAUCUGGUUAUUUUGAGGCGCCGGUUUCGUGGCUUUCUCAUCAUGUCCGCCAUGUUGGCUUCGUUAAACGAUGUUGUUCGAUCAAAUAUCCUGUUUUUCAGUUUAAUUAGCAGCGUUUACCUCCUUAGAUUACUGUAUUCUGUUAAGUUUGAGUUUAGGUUAUCUGUUGUUCUUUGUAUUUCGGAGGUUAAAUCAGCAGAAAUGUGAAUUUAACUCUUUAAUGUCUCUCCUCUCAGAUCUCUGAAGAUGGUCCGCUACUCUCUCGACCCCGAGAACCCGACCAAGUGUGAGUGUUUCAUCGUGUAUGUAUGUGUGUGUGUCAGAGUGAACAUGUGAGCUGUGAUGACUUCUUAGGACACCUUUGGAUUAAAGCUGAAAAGAACUCGUUAACACACCUGAGCUGUCACGUGUUUAUUCCACGUUAACCUUCGGUCUGAUCCAACCGGAAACACUGAAUCAUGUUUUUUUAUCAUAUGUUUUAUUUCAGCAUGCAAGUCCAGGGGCUCAAACCUCCGGGUUCACUUCAAGGUAAGAACAAAAGUCCUCCUUUAACGUCUCUCAGAGGGACGAGGAAAGUCCAGGAAACAGGUUUAUCUGUCUGUGAUGGAGUUCUUUAGUUUUCAGAGAUAAUUCAAGUUUACAGGAGAAUCAUCUGUUUGUACAGUGAGAUUAUCUUGAGGGAAAGAAGUUAGUGUCUGGGGUGUCUUAUGUGGAUAAAAUAUAAAACUAAAGGGUUGGUGUUAAGGGGUCAAAUAGCUGAUUUCUUUGAAAUUCACCUCUCUGUCCUCGUCUGUGGUCACCUGCUGCAACCUGACUCAGAGUUCACACACUUAACAAACGCCUGUGUCAUGAUCACAACCUCUUAACUCUGGUAACAGAAUAUUGCUAAAGCUGAGUGCUGUCUGUAUGAAGGUGUGAUCCAGGGCUUUACACUAACUCUUUUCAUGAGGAGUACAUGUUCUCCUAAGUUAAAAAAGUAAGGAGCGCUAAACCCCAGUAAAACUAAAUAAAAUCUGUCCUAAUAUUCCAAAUAUCUGUGUGUAGAGGAAAAAGGAACAUUGUUCCAUUGGCCCUCAUUUAUCAAGCUUGCGUAUGGCAGAAAACUUGCGUACGACUAUUUUGACGUGAGGAUCGGCAUUUAUCAAUCUGCACGUGAGCGUACACUACGACCAAAUCUCACAACAGGUCUGACAUCGUGUUCACAAGUUUGAGUCAGUGUGGAUCUGCGGUGCAGCAAAUGUCUGUCUCAAAAUAAUUGAUAAACAAACCUCAAACCUGUCAUUUAGCACAAUCAGCCAGAUUUCAUUAAAGAGUAAGACGUAAAUAAAAUAAAAAAUUUGUUAUGUCCUUCGUGAAUAGGCCUAUUUGAUAACUCUGCCCAGAAACACUGCCACAGAGCAGGAGCGCCGUUUCAACAUUACGCACACAUGCACACGCGCCACUGUGGAGCGCUGCGUAUGACUCCUAAAAGGCAGGUGUCUCUGUCUUGGUCCGGCAGCGGGGACAUUGUUGUACACACCUGAAAGGGUGUGGGACAUCAUUUGGGCCAGUACAAAUUUGCACAAUGUUGCACUGGCGAAUGGAGUGCUGCUGGCUGUGCUGGUAUGACGUGAGGACCCUAUGCCUAGAGAACAAUAACGAGGAGAGACUCCACAAAGGUGCUGUACAGAGGAGACAGGACCUUAUCAAUGCAUUCUGACAAGUAAAGUAUAAGUUUAGAAAGUGUUCUUGCUAUUUAAUCAGUGAUAAAAAAGAAAUCCAUAAAAAUGUACCUCAGGAGCAGCAACACACCGUUUGGUGACGUUAAUAAUUAUUAUUUUUGUUGAGCCUCUGUCAGACUCUCCAGUCUGCUCUACAUUACAAAGAUGCAACAGAUUAAAACUAAAUACUCUCAAUAAUAGGAGCAAUGCACCCUAUGUCAGGGCAAUAAACAAAUGAGUCAUGUAUGAGAUAUUAAUUUAUCAUCAUGAGCAACUUAGUGACUAAUGAUUUAUUCAAACUUGAGCCACUGUCCGCUAUUCCAUGGCAGCGCUGUUCAGCGCCACUAUAAUCCUGCUCCAGACAGGAGUUUUCUGGACUGCUUUUAUACCAGUUUUGAUGCUUCCAAAGAGAAAAUCCUCGUUAGUUUCUACCACAGAUGUGAGGAUAUCCACUUUCAGCUCGGAAAAGUUUCAGAUCUUUCUAAUAUUUCUCCUCUUUCAGAAGUGGGUUUAGAAGUGGGUGAGGCUUCUAAACCACGAAGAUUUUAGGGCGUGACAUGUUAAUGACGAUUGAUUUCAGCCACCUGAUCAUACGUACGCUGGGAUUGGUCAGAUACGAACCCUUUCAUAAAUCUCAGGUGUGUCCUAUCGUACUAUGAUGAAUCCUGCGCUCAGAUCUGUGCAAGAUUGAUAAAUGAGGGCCAUUGUGUUUGGGAAUGCUCAAAAGUACAAUCAUUUUGGCAGAAUUUGAUGUGGGCCAUUUCCCAGAUGGUGGGUGGUGGUGAUGGUGGUGGUAAGAAUGUUCCCCUGCAAGCCAAACUCUGUAUCCUGGGUAUAUACCCUGAAAAUUUAGUUGUCGGCUCUAAAGUCAGUAUUGAUUAAUUCAGGGCUUCUACAAUCUACAAGACUGAUCGCUCUUUUCUGGAAAAAUCUACAGUUGCCCUCUGUAAAGUUAUGGUUGAAGGAGAUUGAAACACAUCUUGCGUUGGAAAGACUUACAUAUAUCAUAUGGGGGAAAAGAAAACAGUUUGUUACAGGAUGGAAACCUUUUUAGGGAUUUUUGGAGGAUGAGAAUGUUGUUAGAACUUGAGGUCUUCAAGUCACCACUGCUGCUACUUUUUUCAGUUGUUUUUUGUUACUACUGUUUUACUACUAUUUUAAAAUUUUAUCUUUAUUCACUUAUUUUUCUCUUCUUUCGAUUUUUUGAUAGUUUUGUUGUAUAGUGCACUUAUACAUCAUUGCUAUUGCUGCAGUGUUUGUAUGUUUUUCUUAUAUGUAAAAACUUCAUUAAAUGUUGUUUUAAAAAAGCUAAGGAACUCGCAAAGAACUUUAGAGGAUCAAUGAAAAUUUAUCAAUAAUGUUUGUCUUAUUGGUGGAUCUUAGUACUGUUAUUAGAAAUCGAUUUUAGGUCUAUUGGUCACAUGACAUGGAAGCUAUUGAAGGAAAACAGCCUUUUCUGAAAACAUCAACCGGUAAUUUAUUGACGGUCCCUUAUUCAACACCCAACAUUUACAGCGAGGGUGCCGAGUAGAUUUAACCGCGCUGCUGUUGUUAUUCCUGGUUAUGGAGAGUGAAAAGACAACGGUAGAUCCUCAGUGAAUGUCCAUCAAAUAUCCAACCUAAAACUAACUUCACCACAGUAUUUACAGGGGAAAAAAACCAUUAGAUUUUUUUUAAAUUUUUUUUUUUAUGCGCACAUGUGACCCUAAAUACAUUUAACUAUUCACACACAUCUAUUUUAGUCACUAAUGUGAGUGAAACGGUUGCUGUCGAGUCCUGAUCUGGGGUAUAUUGUAUGUAUAAAAGGUAAUACUAAAGGGUCGGGGUUAUGGGGCCAAAAAGUUGAUUCCUUCUAAAUUCGCCUCUCUUCACUGAUCUGUGGUCACCUGCAGCGCCCUGACUCAGGCUCUGUAGAGGGGAGGUCCUGAAGUCCACCGUCUACCUGAUGCCUUUUGACAUGAACUCUCUCAGGCGGCUGUUUUUAAACUUGAAGCUGUUCAGACAGUGCCUCUUAACUCUAUUGUUGGUUGAUUGAAGUUUAAUUUGAAUAUGCAAACCAAAAAAGAGUGAGGAGAAGAAUAUCUUCUGAACCCCAACCCUUUCCCUUUUAAUUAAUAAUUACCCACACCAAGCUUCCUUACAACUUGUUUAGAUGUACCUGAUAAUUAUAAAGUACAUUCAUGACUUUGUAUUACAAUACAAAAUCUACAUCCACUUCAUACAGCACACACUUAAAAACAACAAAACAAAAUAAAACAAAGAAACAAAAAAUACCAAAAACAAAAGCAACAAUAACCUCAGAACACAUAGUGCUCCCCAACACCUUCCUCAUCCCUGUACCUCUAAAAAUGGUGUCUUUAUACCUCACUUUAAACUGUGUAAACAUGUUUGAACUUUAACUCCAUGGAUAACCUGAAACACAAAAACCCUUCCUCUUUGUGCGAAUUAAAGUCAGAUUAAAGUUAAUUUUUCCCCUUAAAUUAUAACUGAUAACACAUACCGAAUAAUUUAUGUAUAUUUUAUUGGUAGAUAAUUAUUUGAGCUGUUUGAUAUUCCACAAUGUCUGUGAAUUUUAACAACUUGGAAAACUGCAGAAAUAAGAAGUGUGUGUGUUCCUGAUAGCCAACAUUGUGUAGAACUGGUAUUGCUCUGUUUUGAAUGGUGGUUAGUGGCUGUAGUGAUGUUUUAUAGUUGUUACCCCAAACCUCAGUACAGUAUUGGAAUUUUGGUGAGAUUAGGGAACACUAGCCCCGUUUAUAUGGGUAGUUUUCCUCCACCUGAUUGAAAUCAAUCAAAUUAAUUGAAUCUGAUUCCAUCUGUAUACAUGAACUUUAAGUAAAGAGAUCCACGUUCAAUCCGCGUUUACAUGGCCUCAGCUGAAUCCGAUUGUAUUUUUAUUUUUUUUUUACAUGCACAGAAGGUCACUCUGCCACUACCUGUAAUAAUGUAAUACAAUACGCUGUCUUUAGCACUUUCCAGCGUGUUUUAAUUUGCUCGAUAGUCCUGUUCACUCCUCCAGCCUCCAGCAUUUCAUGUUCUUGUUUGAACAACUCUGUGUUUCGUGACUUUCUACCAUCUAACCUCUCAACAAUUUUCAACUCUCACAAGGUUUCUAUCAAAAAGUUUGUCUCCCCCACUGCCCAGUUUUUCUAAGGUGUUUAUAUGAGACACUUUGAAUCUGAUUGACCUUUCAAUCUGAUUGUAAAUAGGAUUUUUGGACCCAUGUAAACGGGGCUACUGAUGAAGAGUGUGAAGUGAUUUUUUUGUUUAGUUUUGCGAUGCUUCUUGAGACUUUGAUUUGUAUGUGUUUGGUUUGUGAUUUCCAAGUGAUUCUGUCGUCUCUGGUGACCCCUAAUUGUCAUUGGUUAUUUUACUUAAUAUUUCUAAGGCUGAGUUGUCUGUAUAAAGGUGUGAUUAAUGAUUACCUGUCAUUAUUAAUGAUGAUCUGACAGGGAAAUUCUGGUUGUGAGGCAGGAGCAGCUGCUCUCUGUGAGACUGUUAUUCUGUUAGGUCAGACCUGGAUGUUAAAACUGUUGACUAUGAAACUCGUUGCGGUGUCAGCGGAUGUUUGAUGGCGUUUGUUUUUCUCAUCAGAACACCCGUGAGACGGCCCAGGCCAUCAAAGGCAUGCACAUCCGCAAGGCCAACAAGUACCUGAGGGACGUCAUCGUCAAGCACCAGUGUGUCCCCUUCCGCCGCUACAACGGAGGAGUCGGCAGGUGUGCCCAGGUGAGCUCUGACUGACCAAUCAGGAGUCUGUUUGUGUUAAAGCUGCAGUGAUGACCAUCUUAGGACACCUUUGGAUGAACCAUGAAAACAAACCUUUAAAUCUGAGUGGCGUCUCUAGAUAAACCCGCUCUGUCAGGGGGCAGAGCUUCCUCUCACCUGAUCUUUGUGUUGUUGUUUUUCAGGCCAAACAGUUCGGCUGGACGCAGGGACGCUGGCCCAAGAAGAGCGCAGAGUUCCUCCUGCACAUGCUCAAAAAUGCUGAGAGCAACGCUGAGCUGAAGGUACGACUAAAACUCCUGCAGGGUCUUACUGCGGUCCUAGUGCUGGUCUUACAGAGGGCCAUGCCUCCAUGUUUUAGAGACCAUCACAUCGAUCAGCUGAUUACCUGGGACUCAUCUAAGGGAGGCUGCAGUGAUGACCAUUUAGGACACCUUUGUAUGAACCAUGAAAACAAACAAAGUCUGAGCCCCCUCCCUCAGAGCACACACUGAUGCUGAUGGUUUUUGUCUGUAGUGAGUCUCAAGAACCCUCAGGUGCUGGUUUGAGAGGGUCCCUGAGAACUUGUAGGGGUACUGUAGUUUUCUCUGUCAGUGUUGAUUGAGGCUCACACAGGUGAGGUCACCUGAGCCCAGCACAGGUCUGACCACUCAUAUUGACACCUCCUUAGAUCAGGGUCUGGAGAAAUGUCGGCCCAAGAAUCCGUCUGAGGAAAAACUGCUGACUCCAGGAAGGAGAGAGGGAGCUGAGAAAAUCCAGUUUGACUCUCAUUCUCAGACUACAGGUCUACAUCCAGACCCUAGACUGUAUGUAGCCAGGGUUGCAAAAUUCCCGGAAUUUUCAAAGUUGGAAACUUUCCACAGGAAUAAAUCUGAAAUGUCCAAAACUGAAGGUUGGCCCUCAACAGGAACUUAAAUAUAGUUGGUGAAAUAUCUUGUAGCAUAAUCUUGACUAAAACAACCAGAUUUAAUCUAAGUCCACUCCUCAAUCACAUGAUCACACAGCACACUGCUACUUGCAGGGCUAUUGAGGCCGCACCCGCUACAUGCACUGUGCCGAAAUGAAAAAUUUGAUGUCACAAUAUUGGUAGCCCAAAAUAUCACAAUUCACGAUAUUAUCACAAUAUUAGCGCAUUGCUUUUAACGUUAUUAAAAGUGGCAAAACUGCGAAAUCACUUCUCUGUGCCCAGCAUGACAUGCACAAACAGUAUGAGCAAGAGGCAGCUAACAUCACUAAUGUUGUCAAUAAUAAGCAGUAGAGUCGACCAAACUUGUUGUGGUCAUGUUUUUACCUUGAUUUGGGCGAACGAUGCUGGAUGGUGUUCACGGAGGUGGGCACGUAGGUUUGAAGUGUUAGACAACUGCGCUGCAACUUCCUUACUGCAUAACCUGCAGAUUGGUGUUAGGUUUACCUACUCCGUCUGUUUUGUGAAGCCGUAAAACGUCCAUACUGCCGACGAAACCUUUUUAAUAGGAGGAUACAGCCGAGGCGUUUCGUCAUUCAUAGUCUGCAACUGUUCUUGGUCCGGUGUUAUGCCGUAGAAUGCACCCCUGCCGUUGAAUGCACCCCUGACAGGAGCACGGUUGAAAGUACACAACAAGGUGAAAUAAUCAAAGUUUUCCUUACCGUUGGGUGGAUUCAAAAGCGUGUGGCUUUAAUGAUUUCAUUCAGACUAUUCAGAUAAGCCGAAAACAAUAGCCCUCUGAUUCGGAAUAUUUGCUGUCCCGACAGUUUACUGUACAGUUUAUGUACCCAAGUACACCUCUGUAUGUGCAUUUUUGGGGACACAUAAAAACAGAACCAAUUUGACAUGUCAUGAUCCAGUACUCGUGUUUUUAAACUAUCAGAUCAUAUCUCCUCCACUUUAAGAAGCUAAUGAGCGUAUGGGAUGCAUUGUGGACACGCUCCAACAGUGCUUUGAGUUGCCGCAAUGCAUUGUGUGUGGCCACGCAUUUUGUGGUAAAAUUUCUUCAUUUUCUCUUUUAAGGUUCCCGGUUUUGUUAGGCUGGCAUUAAUGUACUUAAUUCGAGUUUUUUUUUUUGGAUUUGGGACUACUUUUGUGGUGGUUUGUUUGUACAUUUUGCUACAGAGGCUUUGACACCGUCGGUAAGACUACAAGCAGGUUAGGUUUGUUAAAACUCAGCUUCACUCACCUCCGCUGAGUGACGCUGCCAUGCGCCUUUUAAAUUAUAAUUGUUGAACGAUUAUUACAGUACCUUACAAUUUUGAAAUCUCGACCGUUUAAUAUCGCAUAUCGCGAUUAAAUUGUGUAUCAGCACAUCCCUAACCCCCUACAUGCACUGUGCAUUCCUCCAUCACAUGAUUCACAGAUGAUUUCUUGAAUAAAAAUAGGUGCUAAAUUUAAGUUAUUUUUCAUUUCAUUGACCAUUUAAGGGGCUAGCUUAUUAUGGUGGUGGUAACUGCCUCAAAUGUGAUGUUGUUUCUUCUGACUCCUGACAGACGGUUUUCUGUAACCAAACAAUAAUUUAUACAUCAAUUAUCAAAUAUUUGGAAGACCAUUCCAGUUAUUCAGCCAACUAUAUUUCUGUUCAUGCGAUUGCAUUAGUGUUUUUACAAGAUUUUUAUUUCAUUCUACAGAAAAAUGUCAUGUUCACAAUCUGAGUGGAAGAAUGUCACACAAGCUAAAAUAUUUACAUGUAUGUUUGGAUAUGAUACAGUUUGUUUAAGGGUCAAUGACGUAUAAGGUUUUUCAACAUGCCAAUUUUAAAAUACCAAAAAUAAUAUCUUUUGCAACAGUUCCAACACUAAGGAUGUUAUGUAUACAAAAAUUAAAGUUUAAUUUUUAAAUUAGGCAAUUUUAGUGUUUUUUCAUCUAGAUGAAUUGCCUGUGGCCUUAAAAAAAUGUCAUGUGGUGCGACCAUCAUUUAUCUCAAAAUUAUUACAUUUUUUCAACAUACUCCAUAGUUUUUUACAAAAUGUCGGUAAUAUCAAGAACAUAGGAAGAAAGCGUUCGCUUUUUAUUUGAGUUUUUGUAAAUAAUGAUCUCAUAUAUUAGCUCUAUAAUGUCACAGUCGCUAUAUCAAAUGUAGUUCACUAUUUUUUUCUUUAAAUUGCAUAAUACUGAUAAAAAUGUUUUGAAACUACCUUUCAUGUAAGCAUAUUGUAUCAGGUAUUAAUGUCUCAGUUACAGAAAUGAGAUAUUUUAGUUUGUAUUUGAUAUAAUUAAUGUUAUUAUUGAUCGCAACCACAUGAUUGGUGGUCGCGCCAAAUGACCUGAAGACCUUGUAUCAUUAAAAAUCAAUUUAAAGAGACCAAUGAACAAUUAAUUUCAUACAAAUUUUAUAUUUAAACCAAAUUUUAUUAACAUUUCAAACAUGAACACGAACAUUUUAUUUCCCUUUUUUACAAAAAUUUAACUCUGUUUGUGUAUGUGGUCCAGAGGCCUGCACUUUGAAGCUGGAUUAACACAACCAGCAUAACUCUGCCACAACUCGCUCAACUUCACCAGAUCUCCGUAAUCCCGAUCAGCUGUACUACGAGGCAGGAUAUCAACUCGCUAACUAAAUUCAGUUGUGGUCAGUCUAGAUCUGUGCGCGCACACGUAAAGGGGGUGGGGUCAGUGGCACCGGACCAUUCUCCACAAUGAAGAAGGCUGCAUGUCAUAUUUCACAGCCGAGGAACAGAGUAUUGUUUUACGCUAUUACGAGGAGUACCGCAACAUUAUAACAGUGAGGAGCAGGACAGCUGCAGCCGCUAAAAGCCGGAGGGACUGCUGGUAAAAAAAUCGAUUGUGUAAAUUACAUUUGUGCGUUCAUAAAUUUAUGGCCCCCUAAUAUGUUGUCAUGCAGCGUGUGUGAUAACCUCCAUCAUUGACCUCAUUAUUUCAGAUACAACAGCAGUGAGGAAAAGAGAACGUGGGAGCAAAUAAAAAUAAAUCUAAAAACAUCCGUCAAAGUGGUUAGUAGGUUUACUGGAAGAUUUUAUUUGUACAUAUUUCAACGCGUUAACAGUGAUUUCCUCACACUGCCUUUUUUCUUUUUUCUCCAUCAUCCGAUGGUCACAUGUCAUCUGCAGACACAUUUGGGGUUAAGAGGAGUUUUCUAAUCUGCUUCAAUAAAUUCUGAAUGAUGACUGAUAUGCCGCAUGAAACUUGAACUUGGAGCUUGGCAAAUAUUAGUGUAUUGCUUCGACUUCAUGCUACCUGAAUAUUGAGGCCGUCCGAGGAAAACCUGUAAUGUUCAUAGAGAAUGUCAUCAGGUUAAUCAAACGGAUUUGAACGAUCAUGAAUAUAACGCUCUCGGCGAAGCGCUCCUCUCACCAUCCGUGCAGCGAUGUCAACAAUCUUGGCCCAAUCUUUGACCAGCCCUGGCAUGAACAACAUGCUGCGGGGUCAGAGUUGACACGCUGCCUAUAGCGAGCGCUUUUAACUUUGCUCGGCAGUGGCAUCUGGUAAAAUAAAUUAAAAUGACUUAAAUUGAUACAUGAAAGUUAAUAAAUUGCUAACAACGGCAUAAAUACCUUAAGUGAAAUGGCAUGCUUUUAAUAUUUUUUUUCUUAUUUUGUACAGAGAUGACCUAACCAUUAUUUCAGAAAUGUUAGCAAAAUGACUCAUCAAAUAACAAAAAAGACUCUCUACGUUCCUGUUUCUGACCUUGUCCUGGUCCCGGUGUGCUUUUAGGGUCUGGACGUGGACUCUCUGGUCAUCGAGCACAUCCAGGUCAACAAGGCCCCUAAGAUGAGGAGGCGCACGUACCGCGCUCAUGGCCGCAUCAACCCGUACAUGAGCUCUCCGUGCCACAUUGAGAUGAUCCUGACUGAGAAGGAGCAGAUCGUCCCCAAACCCGAGGAGGAGGUGGCCCAGAAGAAGAAGGUACGACUCUGAUUUAUGUCCCUGAACGCAUCGCCGAGCUGCGCUGAUGACCACUUAGGACACCUUUGGAUGAACCAUGAAAACAAAACAUUAUUUCUGAGCAGCUUAAAUCUGUGUUUGACCUCUGACCUUUGACCUGUAAUGGCGUCCUGACUCUGAGUUUGUCUCUGCAGGUUUCACAGAAGAAGCUGAAGAAGCAGAAGCUCAUGGCACGGGAGUAA